AUGCAAACACGCGAAAUGGCUGAAAUCGGGGCAAUAUGGCGGUCCCGCCAACCCAAGCCCGAUGAUGGCCACCCCUCGCUGACAUUCACGCUGCAGACUCUGCUUGCCCGCCAUGAAGCCUACAUGGCAUCUGCCGAACGCGACCGACUCGAGCUCACAGCCCGCAUCGAGCAGCUGGAACGAGACAAUACGGAACUCGAAGCCAAAAACCGAUCGGUUGCCGACGAGAACCACACGCUACGAGACGAGCUAGAUCGGGUUAACGACACGGUCAAAGAUGCCGAGACUAAUAUUAGCCUUCUUGAGGCGUCCCUUCUCGACUCGCAAAGGGAGGUGCGGCGGCUAGAAAGUGCGACCGACAGAGCAGCCAAUCUUGAGCGCCAAAUCGCACUACUGGAAGAAGAGCAAGACGUGCUACGGACCACCAUCGCCCGUACCGAAGAGGAAUCCCGGACGACCAUGUAUCGCUGGAGGCAAGCCGAAAAGGGUCUUAGUGACCUGCAGGAGCAGCUCGAACGCAUGGAGAAGGAAUCUCGGGAAGAGCGCGAACGCCACGUCGAGGUCAUCGGCCGUAUGGAACGGCAGCGCGCCAUGGAGAAGGAACUGAAUACGGCAGCAGGACGGCUCAAGGGCGCCGCCGCCGCCAAGUCGAUGACCGACAGCAGGAGCAGCGGCAGUGUCGUCUCGCAUUUCGUGCGAGACCUGUUGCAAGAUAAUGCUAACCUGCAAGUCGGCAUGGCUGAGCUGCGCGAGAUGCUUCUCAACUCCAACGAUGAGAUUCAGAUGUUGAGGGAACAGUUGGCGUAUCACCAACCGGCGGCCGGCCAGGAACUAAGCUCACCCAAGACGCUACAAGCUGAGCUAGCCCAGAAAGAACCACCGACGCCGCCACAACAGCCGAGGGUGUCGCAAGAGUUACAUAUUCACCACCACUACCACGUCACCCACAAGCCAGAGGCACGGAAGUCGAGGAAAAGGAGGCAGGGGCUCACACCCGGCGUAUUCACCCCACCCCAGCUUUCAGCUCCGAGUUCACCCAUCUUGUCCUCUGCUCGCUUUCAGCGUGGUACCCUAGCCGCGCCUUUGUUAUCCCCAAACGAGCCUUCCCCAUCAACCACUCGCUGGUCUCUCCAAUCUGAGAAUCACUCCGAAUUUGCACCGUCAUCAGCGCCCACCUCCCCGCGGUCCAACAACAGGGACUCCCUGUUCGACAGGGUCCCCGAUCUACCGUCACCCGCCUCUCCAACUACGACUGCGGAUCCAACCUCGCCGGGCUGGAAGCAAGCGCAUAGGAAGAAAGUAUCGGACUACUCGCUGAGGAGUAUCUCCGAGAUAGCCAUGUUUCCGGCGGACACAGCACGGUCCGCACAUGGUUACACACAGCGGCCACGCCCCAUGUCCCGCUCAAUAAUGAACGAUCGUUCACAAACGGCUUAUACUUCGCCGUACACCACCGACGAUGUGCCGAACGUCACUUCCCCAUCUCUCGCUGCCUACACAGACUAUGACAGCAAUAACGACACUGGUCUGGAAGACACAUUCUCACCGACAUCGUCUCAUUUCGACUCCAGUGUUGAACAGCGGCCUCGCGGCCUGCGGCGAGUUAUCUCGCACGAAUCCAUUAUAUCCCUUUCUAAUGGGCUCGACAUCCACACCCUCAGCGCACGACCCAGCCAGCUCUCCCUCAGACCACUCGGUCUCACUACCGCGGGCACUAACGUCAGUGCUGUCAUCGCCCAACCAACACUCCUAAGCAGCAGCGCCGAGGGCAAGAGAGGGAGCGUCAUUCUCAGGGACAGUAUCGCCCAACAGCUCUCCGCCCAAAAGUCACGGCAUGGUGGGGGCAGGGUUGUAUCGAAUCCCAAUAGGGGAAGGGCUUCGGAACGGGGUUCCGGGCGGGCUUCAUCUCGGACACCCUCGACGUUGGGGAAGUUGGUCUCUUGGAGGCCCUGGGGGGCGAACAGCAGUAAUGUCGAUACCGCCAACGAUACUAUCACACCUGGGACGAGCCCGUCGCCAACGCCCGCCCUAGAUGCGUCUACAUCGGUGACUCCCGCGGUGGCCAUCCCCACACUUUGCCUCCCCGACGAUGCGGGUUCCAUCGCCACGGUCUCUACGACGAGCAACAACCUUAGCAAGUCUCCCCAAGGUAGCCUCUCAUCAGCAGGCUACCUCAGCUACCCCGGCAACAAGCGCGAAUGCGGCACUGGCGGCUGUGUUUCGCGCACCGGCACAAGGGGGGUGCGAGAUGGUCAUGGACACGGCUCCUUUAGUUUUAGAUACCCGCGCCGCAAUAAGGUGCAUUCGAUUGCUUGCAAUGAGGGAUCGCCGUCCAAUGUUGCACCACACGAAGCCGCGGCAUCGGAGCGGAUUCUCGAGCUGCAGACGCAAUACCACCAGAGCAUUUACGGCAUCAUCAGUAACCGCACGACAGGCUGUACCAUCGACACCCUCCGCGCCAGAAAAGAAUGGUCAGCGCUCACCCUCCCCGAACGCACCGCCUUCAUCGCCGCCAUCCACUGCCUCAACGCACUCCCGGCGCUCACCCCACACCGCAAAGCCCCCGGCGCGCGCACCCGCUACGACGACUUCAUCGUCACCCACAUCGAUCAGACCCCCUUCGCGCACGCGUCCGGACUUCUUACUGCCCUUCCACCGCCACCUGAUCCACCGUUUGUGAGGUCCUGCCGCGAGGAAUGUGGCUAUGCCGGCCCGAUGCCCUACUGGGAUUGGACAAGGUCGUAUACGGUAUCCGAGGGCGGCGGAGUUUGGGACGAGGCCGAGCGCGGUCACGGCGUUGGUGGAUGGGUGUGGGGGGGAUUUGGGGUGUUUGUGGAGGAGCUGGAUGCGCCGGGGGGUGAGCCAGGUGGUGUGCAUGCGUCGGGCCAUUGGCAGGUUGGGUUGAAUGCGCUGGAUGUGUAUGCGAGUCCGAGUGACCCGGUGUUUUGGCUGCAUCAUGCGCAAGUGGAUCGGGUGUGGACGAUCUGGCAGGGGCAGGAUCCAGCGGCGCGGACGUACCAGGUUUGGGGGACGGGGACAGCGGCGAAUGACCCGCCGAGUGACAACGUCACGCUGGACACCUCAAUGGACUUUGGUAUGAUCGGGGACUCGAGGACCAUUCGCGAGGUUUCGUCAACGGUUGAUGGGGAUUAUUGCUAUGUGUAUGAGUGA